AUGUUUGCUACUCGCCGCUCUCUCGUCUGGACGACCUCGGCUGCGGCUGCAGCUCUCGCAGGUGCUGCCAUCUACAACUCUACAACUCGCGCUCACGCUCAAUCAAAGCUCUUGACCUACGAAGACAAGCACAUUAUUCCUCCAGCUCCGGCUCUUCCUCCACCAUCUCGUAAAGACCUUCUCGCUAAACUUAACUCAGAAUAUGACAUUGUCGUUGUUGGUGGUGGUGCAACAGGUACUGGCAUUGCUGUUGACGCUGCUUCGCGCGGCCUUAAGGUUGCUCUUUUGGAGCGCGAUGACUUUUCUUCAGGAACUUCUUCUCGUUCUACAAAGCUCAUCCACGGUGGUGUCCGCUACCUUGAAAAGGCCGUCUGGAACCUCGACUAUAACCAGUACCAGCUCGUCCGUGAAGCUCUCCAUGAGCGCAAAGUCUUUCUUGACAUUGCGCCGCAUCUCUCAUUUGCCCUGCCCAUCAUGAUCCCCGUAUACACAUGGUGGCAGCUGCCCUACUUUUGGGUUGGUACAAAGUGCUACGACCUGCUGGCCGGUAAACAAAACCUCGAGUCAUCCUACCUUCUUACCCGCUCAAAGGCUCUCGAGGCUUUCCCCCAGCUUAACUCUGAUACCCUCAAGGGUGCCAUUGUCUACUACGAUGGCUCCCACAAUGACUCGCGCAUGAAUGUGUCUCUAGCCGUCACUGCUGCCGAAAUGGGUGCAACUGUCCUCAACCACGUUGAAGUCACGGGCCUUGAAAAGGACGCUAAUGGCAAGAUUAUCGGUGUCAAGGCAAAGGACCUUAACGGUGAAUUGACUGAAGAAGUUUCCAUCAGUGCCAAAUCUGUCAUCAAUGCCACUGGCCCCUUCACCGAUGCCAUUCGCAAGUUUGACGAGCCCUCUGUUAGAGAAAUUGUCGCUCCCUCGUCCGGUGUCCACAUUGUGCUCCCUGGCUUUUACUCUCCCAAGCGCAUGGGUCUCUUAGAUGCUGCCACUUCUGACGGUCGUGUCAUCUUUUUCCUGCCAUGGCAAGGCUCUACCAUUGCUGGUACCACCGACUCGCCUUCUCCAAUUUCUGCUAACCCCAUCCCCUCCGAACAAGACAUUGAGUUUAUUCUCAAGGAAGUCUCGAAAUACUUUGAGGGCAAGCUCGACGUGCGCCGCGAGGACGUGCUUGCGGCCUGGUCUGGUAUCAGACCACUGGUCCGCGACCCCAAGGCCAAAAACACAGAGUCUCUUGUCCGCAAUCACCUCAUCACAGUCUCUGAUUCAGGUCUGCUGACAAUUGCCGGUGGUAAGUGGACCACUUACCGUCAAAUGGCUCAGGAGGCUGUUGACGAAGCCAUUGCCAUUGGCAAGCUGGAACCUCCCGUGCCCAAGACUGCCACCGAAUCCCUCAAGCUUGUGGGAGCCGACCAAUGGAGCCCGCUGCAAUACAUCCACCUGGCCCAGAAGUAUGCUCUGGACCCUGAGGUUGCACGCCACUUGAGUGAAAACUACGGCACACGUGCUUACACUGUUGCCGAGAGCCUGAAGGAGGCCACCCCCCCAGCAUCUUCCACACACUCGGUCGUCACCGCUACCAGAGGCACCAGACUAGCAUCGCCCUACCCAUUCUUGUCGGAGGAAAUUGGCUAUGCCGUCAAGUAUGAGUAUGCCGUCACCGCCGUUGACUUUUUGGCCCGCCGAUGUCGCCUGGCAUUUUUGGACUGCCGCGCUGCCUACGAGGCUCUGCCUAAGGUGGUUGAGGUCAUGGGCGCCGAGCUGCACUGGUCUGCUGCCCGCAAGCACAAGGAGUUUGAAGAUGGUGUUGAGUAUCUCAAGGGUAUGGGUCUUCGUUUGGAUCAACAAUAA